UUUUUUUUAUUCGCAAAAUCGUUUCAGUUCAGAAGAGGUCAGAGGACAAGCAUUUGGUCAAGACUUUGCCUUUUGCGUCACCGAAUAGUAAAGACUCAGUGGUCCUGCUUCUUCCUGCUCACAAUCCAAAGAACCAUUCGCCCUGCUUCCAAGGAGCUUUGCAUUUUUUACUAUUCUUGAAGGCCGUUUUUUAUGUCCUCGAAGAACUCUGCAUAACACCUGACAGAAACGCCGAAACGGACCGGGUGCUUUAUCUUUGUCAUUCUCAAAGUGAUGGCGAAUGUGGUGUACAUGGGCAUCGCCCGUGUACCCGACAAACAAAUUCUCGUUUCCUGCGUGGCAACCGAUUCUCGAGAACAAAGCAAGCAACAGCUGGACUCCAUUUUGUCCAGGGUGCUGGUCAGCGGGCGCAUUGAUGAACACGAUCGACUAACGAUAGCCGACAAGGAUGUGGGAAACAUUCACUACAGCGCGGACCCAGCUCUGGUUUACCUAGUAAUCACCGCGACAAACUACCCACAGCGCACGGCCUUCAAGCUCCUGUCCGAAGCACGCGCAGAAUUUGAACAAGAGUUCAAGACAGAGCUUGCGGGAGGGAAGAAUGAUGGCGUGGCCAAGGUGGCCAAGCCGUUUUUGAAGCGCAUGAUGGACAGAUACGAGGACGUGGCGAGGGAGGAUAAGAUUUCGAGCGUCGCGUUACAGGUGGACCAAGUGAAGGGGUUGAUGCAAACGAACAUCCAGGCGGCCUUGAAGAACCAAGAAAACUUGGAAACACUCCUCGACAGCAGCGACACAAUGCGGAACGAAGCGAGUACUUUUAAUCGGAGCACGAAAGACGCCAAGGAGCGGAUGCGGUGGAAGAGCUUGAAGAUGAACAUUUUCAUCUUUGUUCUUGUGCUCACCUUGGCAUUGCUGGUUUUGAUUCCUCUGUUUAUGAAGAAACGCGAGGGCGAAACUAAAGCCUAGAAGCUACUACAAAGCACUUGAUGUUUGACAAACGCUUGGUGUGCACAACGGAAGGUGUUGGAUGUUUCACAGCGAUGUCGGAAACCUUCAGCGGUGAUCGAAUUCCAAUGUCGUCGCGAAUGGAUCACAAAUUGUAUCUUGCAUAGCCUCAUUUUAACCGAAAAAAAAGAAAAAAAGAAAAAAAAAGUUAGGUACAGUAA